AUUGCUAACUUUUUAUAUGAUCUCGAUGCGAAGUUCCGCCUGUUAAAUCUGAAAAACGAUAAUUUGCGUCGUCGAUACGACGUACUGAAAUAUGAUGUCCAGAGAACGGAACAAGUGAUCUAUGAUCUCACAAUUCGAGGUCUGAAACCGUUAGAGGAAAAAUCGGCCGCAGCAGAGUCUUGA